AUGGCAUUUAUGACCGAGAAGCCAAGGCGGUGCGGUUUGACCCAACAGAAGGAGCGGGACCUUCUCAGAGUUGAAAGGAUGUUUUUGGGCAUCCAGCAGGCUCGGCGCGACUUGGAGGCUCGCGGAGCCCUCGCCGAGAUCCAGAACAGUUGGAACGACCCGGCACCCCCUAUCCCCUCCAACGAAGAAGACCCCGCACACUUGGGUGUCCCCCAGUACAGAGUGGCAACGUUCCUGAAUCAGUUGAAGAACAGCUCCACCUCCAGUCACAACGAUCGUGAGGAAAAACUACCGCCACCUGUAGAGGAACAGUCUGUGGAAGCUAGCCGGAAGAGGGCCAGUGGCAAAAAGACUGGGAAAAACAAAAAGUCCUCGUUGAGAGAGGGCAGGCUUCACCCAGAGAGAGGGAAGAUUGAAAAGGUUGAUGAUGGUGGUGGCGCUACAGCUUGCCAACACACAGAGACUACCACUGACAGAGAGCCUAGAAAUGAGAAUCACGGUCCGAUACCACCUCCAACAGUUCCACUGCGUGUACUGCCAAUGGGUCCGCCGGGCGGAGUCCCUCUCGCUGGAUACACACUCAGACCACACCCGGGAGGGACAGGGGUAGUAAUGUGCGACCCUUCCACGGGUGUACCCCUAAUGAGAUCAUCUGGGGGUGUGCCCCUGGUGGGGUGGUCGGCGGGUGUGCCCUCAGGACUGCAGAUGGUACCGCCUAGUAUCCCUCCGGUCAUCCAUAUGCCGACUGCCAUUCCUCUGGGACACACCCCAGCCUCUCCCACCGUCCCUCCUCCACCACCACCACCAGCCCCUGUGUCUGCUGCCCAGUCAGAGGACCAGCAGGAGAGAGCUGCCUCCACUGGUGGACCCUCAGUCGCUGAUGUCGCCCUACAGACCAGCUUCACUGCUGAAAAGACUCCUCACCUUGUUCAAGAGAUUUUGCCUCCACUGGACAUCUCUACUUCUCAAUCAUCUGAAUCUACUGCCGAGAAUCCAACACCACACGGUGACGAUGAUGACAUCGAGCCGUUCGGGAUCUCGUUACCAGGAAAUCACGCAGGGUUAUCCCCAUCAGAAGACGAAAGACCAGCACCUCCUCGUCCUCCGGCCUGUCGUCAUCUCGAGGAGGAGAUCGACAGAGAUUUGUCGGCGGAGAAAGUCGGCCACAAGAUAACGGAAUAUCUGGAGAACGAAGGAAAGGAAUGGGCAACUCGAGAGUUGCUGACACGGGUGCUGGCCGCUGCAAGAGAUCGGUCACAUGAGACGUCAUGUGACCAGAAUCCCGGACACCGAUUGGUCAAUUCUCCAAACUCGUGUUCGACGUGUACCCUCUCCCCACCCUCCCACCCCCAGCGACCCUACACAUCAGUACCACCGCACACCGACAUUGCAACCGCAGCUGGUGGAAUAGGAGAUGUGCGGGAGAGUGUGUGGGGAAGAGGAGGAGGAGGAGGAGGGGGGUGUGAGGGUGCCAGGGGUGGGGGUGUGGUGGAGGCAGUAGUGAGGGAGGUGCUGAGGGAGAAGGUGACUGAAGCACUGAGAGAGUUUCAGUCGUGCCACGACCACGAGGAGGAGGAGGAGAGAGAAGAUGGAGGAGAGACGAUGGUGGCUGUUGGUUCUGAAAACAAAGAAAGUGUGUGCAGUUAUGGUUCCUCUCAGAGCACACCUCGAGUCCCAACUCCUUCCCUCUCCCCUCUCCCCACUUCCCCCUCCCUUCCUCCCCUUCCCCCCUCCCCACCUCCACCGGAUGAAGACUCUUCACUCCAUUCUCCUCUACCACAGUUAGCCACACCCACUGCCACGCCCCCUAUCUCACGGAAAAGUGACUCGACCGAAACGUCACCUCGUACCAUUUUAUCUACACCACAAGAAACGGAGGAAGACAUGUCAGCAACUACUUCAGAAGGAUGGGGGAAUACUCCGACCUCUUACCUCAAAGGAGACUCCAAGGAACUUUCUCCUCUCGCCACCCCCACCCCCUCCCCUCCUAACCAGACUCCGCCCACUCCCACACCUCCCUCUCCGACGACAGAGCCCGACGAACCCACCCCCAUGCCCUCUCAACCUCCCCCAAAACAGUUAAGCUUGUCUGAGAGCUCCUCUUCCUCCACCUCCCCUACCACCACUUGCACCGAGACACACCCUCCCCACCCUCACAGCCUCACCACAGUCACCAAUCUCACCACCGACCAAGAGAUAUCGACAGGAGAGUGCCUGCUCCAGCGACUACCUCAGUCUGGUGCAGGUGCUAACUCUCUGAGUGAGGGAGAAGCUGCCUUGUCACCUGGGGAUGCUCGCUGGUACUCUACCUAUGCCACCAAGAUGGGGCCAUUACAAAAUCAGACAAACAACAAGAGAAAAAAGAUGUUGCCUGCAGGGACUGCUUUCCUGGAACUGAAGAGCUCACCAGAUUCACUUACCGACACUUCGAGACAUUCCAGCAGCUUCCAGUCCGACACUAAUGUCCUCAGUGAGGGAGAAGUGAGAGGUAGAGGAAGACGUGGGGUGGGCGACCCUUUAGAUCGCUUCCUAGCCAAUCUACGAUCCUCCCCGGGACACGAUUCCCCCUCCUCUUCUUCCUCCUCCUCCACUCCCUUCACCUUGUCUUCCUCUCGAGAUAACACUCCCUCGGAUGUACUCUCUGUCAUCAGCAGAGAUAGUCAAGACGGUCGCCACAGCCGUCUGUCCGGAGGAGAAGUGAGAGGGAGAGAGGAGAGAAACUCAACACCACUGAGACCUCCUGGAAGAGGGGAGAAGGGUAUCCGGAGGACUCCAUUCACAGUCGGCUUAGCUGGGGAGGUCAUGGGGUCACGGGGGUUGCCGUACCACCGAAAGUUUCCCCUCGAGCAGAUCAAAUCUGCAUCUCCAGGAGAGGCAAGGGCCAAUGAGUCAGGGAAGGGAAAGAAAUCUGAUUUGUCGGUGAGCUUUGUUCAUUCUGAGGGAGAGCUCAACCCAGUUCUCUGUGAGCACCCAGUGGACAACAGAGAAAAGAAGGCAACCCAACAACCACUACAAGAAACCGUGGCAGCGUCUUCUCCUGGGGAGAUCAGGGUGAGGCUCACCACUCGAAACAAGACCAGAGACGGCAUCGACGUCAUUCGAUUAUCUAACCAGAGCUCUUCAUCCAGUCACAGUCCGAGAGAAGUUGACAAGCCACCGUCACAGGACACCACGUCAGCUUCUGUCGGUCCCCACUCGUUCCCGUCAUCCCUGCGUGAUUCACCUGCCCUUGCUCAGCAUGGACGAGUGGCUCCUGUCAGAAGAAGGCUACGAGUUAGCAGUGAACUGGGACCAGCGCGGGUUAUAACUGUCUCGCCUGCCCCACUUGCUCUGAGCAGUGAUGACAAGGAGGCUGCUGAUGAUGCUAGAUCUAAAGAGUUUACUGCUCAAGACUCAAACGACUAUGCUCCCAUUGGAGAAGGGGCAACAAGGAGUGAUAAAAUUACGGAGCUAAACUUGGGUGAGGGCGAGGCAUCCACUGAAGAAGAUAUGUCUCCUGAUGCAACCAGACCUCCACCGCUGGAGUCUUUUAUCUCUCCUUCACCAUCUCCUCCUCUCCCUUCAUCUUCUCUCCAAACCACCCCUCCACCUCCUCCCCAAACCACACCCCCUUCUCUUCCCCAAACUACACCUCUACAUGUCAAGCCUGGAGCAUUACCUAGUGAUGCUACUGAUAUUGGACUAACGCCGCGAUUAUUCUGGGACACAGGCCCACCUCAACCCGCCAAUGUUCCUCCUGCAGCGAGAGGAAAGGCUCAGGUCGGUGGGUCCUCUGUGUCCCCAGGCGGUAGGACUCAACUACAGAUCUCCGUGCCAACUGGGAUGACAUCAUCCGUGGGGGAGGAGUCUCCACCACUUAGCCCUGCCUACUCUAGUGACUUUGAGUUCUCCUCUAUAUCCCAACCCACCUUUGACUAAAAAGCUUGUAUUCACCGUGCAUACAUUCUACUCUCAUUCAAGUUUCCCGCGUA